GGAGGGGGGGGGGCUCCAGUUGUGCCUUUCAGGGCUGCACGGAAAAAAAACACUUUCCAGCCCCCCUCCCUUCUCUUUUCUGAUGAUCGCCAGUUUCUGCCCCGUUUUCUUUCCCACCCCUCUCUGCCAACAGGAUUCCCUGCCUCUGCAAAAAAAAAAAACACCCCGAAUCUUCUUCUACCUGCAAAGGUAUCUUCAAAGGUCCUUUCGGGAGCCAAAUUUUCUACCCCGGUGUUUUCUUUUUCCAAACUUUUAACCCUUCUUUGGAUUCUUGUCCUUUGGACUUUGCACACUCUGUUGGCCUGUCCCUUUGUUUUUUUUCCUCCCACCCUUAAAACCCUUUCCUGGGCUGAGCCUGCAGCCAUCCUGUUCCCUACCUUUCUUGUGCAACUGGCACUCAGACUUUUCCCAUAGUUGGCUCAUCCAUCCUUCCCUUCCCCUCCCCGCCAGCUGCAACAGCUCCCUCCUCUUUGUCCAAAACUAUCAGGAUGUGCUCUGCAACCCUUUGCCUUCUGGAUCAUGGCUGGUCUUGCUCGUUAUGACAAAACUAGGUUUGACUCACGGGCUGCUGGUGGCUGUUUCAUCCAGAUAAAAUGCUGAGUCCCACCUACAAGCAACGCAACGAAGACUUCCGCAGGAUCUUCAAAGGGCUGCCUGAAGCUGAGCGUCUUCUUGUAGAUUACUCCUGUGCAUUGCAGCGUGACAUCCUCCUUCAAGGGCGGCUUUAUCUAUCGGAGAAUUGGAUCUGUUUCUACAGCAACAUCUUUCGAUGGGAGACCACGAUCUCCAUCCAGCUCAAGGAGGUGAUAUGCAUCAAGAAGGAAAAAACCGCCAAGCUGAUUCCCAAUGCAAUUCAGAUUUGCACAGAGAAUGACAAGCAUUUCUUCACAUCCUUUGGUGCCCGUGACCGAUGCUUCAUGCUAAUCUUUCGCCUUUGGCAGAACGCACUUCUGGAUAAGACUUUGCCCCCACGAGAACUCUGGCACAUUGUCCAUCAAUGCUACGGUUCUGAACUUGGCUUGACCAGUGAAGAUGAUGACUAUGUUUCUCCCAUUGAUGACCUCAAUGGCUUGGGAAGCCAGAAAGAAAUUGGAGAUGAUAUUGACCUGACAGAGCUGACCUCCCGCUGCAGCACUGACCUCAAGCUGGACACCAGUCCCUUGCUGGACAAAAGGGACACCAGUCAUUGCAUCAGCUCACUGGCCAGUAGCAGCGAUGGAACCACAUCGGUGAGGACAGGGGAUUCAGAAGACAGCUGGAAUGUUAUGAAGCUGGCUGAGGAUGCAGAGGACAACACUGACAGCCAAAUGGAUGCUUCAUCCAGCCACACAGUGACCUCAGCCACAGACCCCCUUCUGGAUGACUUGCUGCAAGGGUCUGCUGGGUCCCCCCUGGAGGGGGACCCCAGUGAAGAGCUCCCCACCGACAUGAGCAAUUCCUCCUCAUCCACGCAAGAUGAAGCUGAGGUGGAAGCCUUCUUCACAGACUUACCAGGGCGGCUCCUGAUCAAUGCCGUGUAUCACGUUGGAGCUGAGAGGCUGCAGCAAAUGCUCUUCAGCGACUCCCAGUUCAUGCACAGCUUUUUCGACCAACGCAAAUUCACAGAUGUCACACUGAGUUCAUGGAGCGGAGACAGCAAGUGUCAUCAAAGCCGGGUCAUGACUUACACCAUUCCCAUCAGCAACCCAUUGGGCCCCAAGGCUGCCCCUGUGGUGGAGAAUCAGACUCUUUUCCGUGCCACUUCCAAGAAUGGAGGCUGUGUGGUGGACACAGAAGUGAUCACUCAUGGCAUCCCUUACGAGGAUUACUUCUAUACUGUGCAUCGGUACUGCAUCACCAAAGUAGCCAAAAGCAAAACCAGGCUCAGAGUCUCCUCUGAAAUCCGGUAUCGGAAGCAGCCAUGGUCCCUCGUGAAGACUUUGAUUGAGAAAAAUGCAUGGAGUGGUGUCGAAGAAUUCUUCCAGCACUUGGAGCUGGCGCUGGUGCAAGCAGAAAAGGCUCUGCUAGAGGACAGCUGCCAUGGCAAAGAACCCCGGGGUCUCUUGUCCGGAUUGCGUCGCAGGAAACGGACUCUGAGCUGGAGAGCUCCUCAUGUUGAAGCCCCCAUGCCCACGCUACCAGAUAGCGAAGGGGCGUCGCGUGCUGUUCGUCCUUCAGGCAGCCUGACCUCACAUCUUUCAGAACAACUGUUGGAGCCAGGACAGGGGCAAACCGUCUCCACCGUGAUCCUCGUCAUCAGCCUGGUGUAAGGCAGCUGCUUUUGGGGGGGGUUGGGCUGUAAUUGUAGAUUGUCCCCCUUCCCAAAAUUCUCAGUGGUGGUUGAACUGGUUGGGGAACUGAACGCCACACAUCUAGAAGACCUCAAGGUUCUAGACCAGCCUUUUCAGACCU